AUGAAUCUGAUUCGAUAGAGUGACACUAUUGAGGACAAACUCAAAAAGUGGCAAUAGGUUCAAAAAAAGAAGUAUGCCGAAAAAAGAAAGUUUGGGUUUGUUGAAGGACAGAAAGAGCCUCAACCUCCUGAAAUUUUAAGGUAGAAGAUUUUAUUUAUGAAAAUAGGAAAAUUUUUAAGGAUCAUGGAAAUUUAGAAUCUAAGAAAUACAGACAAGAUAAGAGAGUAUAUUUGGGUGCAUUAAAGUAUAUGCCACAUGCAAUUUAUAAAUUAUUGGAGAAUAUGCCUAUGCCAUGGGAAUAAGUAAGAACUGUGAAGGUUCUAUAUCACAUUACAGGAUGCAUCACCUUUUGUUAUGAGAUACCAAAAGUGAUUGAACCUGUGUAUACAGCUCAAUGGGGUACCAUGUGGGUCAUGAUGAGAAGAGAAAAGAGAGAUAGAAGAAAUUUCAAAAGAAUGCGAUUCCCCCCAUUUGAUGACGAAGAAAUCCCUUUGGAUUACGGAGACAAUAUCUUGGAUGUUGAACCUUUGGAACCCAUACAAAUGGAAUUGGAUGAAAGAGAAGACAAUGCUGUUUUUGAUUGGUUUUAUGAUCAUCAACCAUUGAGAUAUACCAAGCUAUUGAAUGGACCGAGUUAUCGAUCUUGGUAACUAACAUUAGAAGUUCAACAGAAUCUAUUUAGAUUGGCUAAUCAAUUGUUGUCAGAUAUAGUUGAUCAGAAUUACUUCUAUUUGUUUUAACUUCAAUCCCUUUACACAGCUAAAGCAUUGAAUAUGGCUAUCCCUGGAGGACCCAAAUUUGAACCUCUCUAUAGAGACAUUUUUGAGGAGGAUGAGGAUUGGAAUGAAUUCAAUGACAUUAACAAGAUUAUUAUUCGAUAAUAAAUAAGAAGUGAAUACAAAAUUGCCUUCCCAUUUCUAUAUAAUUCAAGACCAAGAAGUGUUGCUAUUGCCCCAUAUCAUUAUCCAGCAAAUGUGUUUAUUAAGUAAGACAACCCUGAAAUAUCAACAUAUAAUUUUGACCCUGUUAUAAAUCCAAUAUCUGCUUAUAGAACAUAGAGUAGAAAGAUUGAUGUUCAGAUUGAUGAUAGUGAAUUGGAUAUUGAAAUAGGAGAUGGAUUUGUACCAUUAUUAAGUGAGACAGAAUUAUCUGAUGAAUAAACAACUGCCUCAAUUGCUCUCUUAUGGGCUCCAGCUCCAUUUAAUCAAAGAACAGGCAAGACUAGAAGAGCCUUUGAUAUACCUUUAGUAGCACCUUGGUUUAAGGAGAGAUGCAAUCCAUAGUAUCCUGUUAAGGUUAGAGUUUCAUAUUAAAAACUAUUGAAAUGUUGGGUAUUGAACAGUCUUCACAAAAGAAAGCCAAAGUGUCAAAAUAAGAGAAAUUUAUUGAAGGCAUUUUAAGCAACAAAGUUCUUUUAAUUAACAGAGAUAGAUUGGGUUGAAUGUGGUCUCUAGAUAGCACGUUAAGGUUACAAUAUGUUGAAUUUAUUGAUUCAUAGAAAAAACUUAAAUUAUUUGCAUUUAGAUUACAAUUUCCAAUUGAAACCAGUAAAGACAUUGACAACAAAGGAAAGAAAGAAGUCAAGAUUUGGUAAUGCAUUUCAUUUGUGCAGAGAAAUUUUAAGAUUAAUGAAGUUGGCAUGUGAUAGUCAUGUAUAAUACAGAUUAGGUAAUAUUGAUGCCUUUUAAUUGGCUGAUGGAUUAUAGUAUGUAUUCUCACAUGUUGGUUUGGUGACAGGUAUGUAUCGUUACAAAUACAGAUUGAUGAGAUAGAUUAGAAUGUGUAAGGAUUUGAAACAUGUCAUUUAUUAUCGUUUCAAUACUGGUCCAGUUGGUAAGGGACCAGGAGUUGGAUUUUGGACCCCUAUGUGGAGAGUAUGGUUAUUCUUUUUGAGAGGAAUUAUCCCACUGUUAGAGAGAUGGUUAGGCAAUUUAUUGGCUCGUACAUUCGAAGGUAGACAUUCAAAAGGAAUAUCUAAGACUGUUACCAAAUAAAGAGUUGAAUCUCAAUUUGAUUUGGAAUUAAGAGCUGCUGUGAUGUCUGAUAUCAUUGAUAUGAUGCCAGAAGGAGUGAGAGCAAACAAAGCUAAGACAAUAUUAUAACAUUUAAGUGAAGCUUGGAGAUGUUGGAAAGCCAAUAUUCCAUGGAAAGUUCCAGGGUUACCUGCUCCAAUAGAGAAUAUUAUUUUGAGAUAUGUGAAAUAUAAGGCUGACUAUUAUACAAAUUCAGCUUAUUAUAAUAGGGAACGUAUAAGAAGAGGGGCUACAGUUGAUAAAACAGUAUGUAAGAAGAAUUUGGGAAGAUUAACUCGUCUGUUUUUGAAGUAAGAAUAAGAGCGAUAGCAUAACUUUAUGAAGGAUGGACCUUAUUUAACAACCGAGGAUGCAGUUGCUAUUUAUACAGCCUUAGUGAGAUGGUUAGAAAGCAGAAAGUUCAUUCAUAUUCCCUAUCCACCUGUGAAUUAUAAACACGAUACUAAAUUAUUCUUGUUGGCUUUAGAAAGAUUAAAGGAGGCUUAUUCAGUCAAGAGUAGAUUGAAUCAAAGUUAAAGAGAAGAACUAGCAUUGAUUGAAUAGGCAUAUGAUAAUCCACAUGAAGCAUUGAGCAGAGUGAAGAGACAUCUUUUGACUUAAAGAGUGUUCAAAGAAGUGAGAUUAGAGUUUAUGGAUCUUUAUUCUCAUUUAGUGCCUGUUUAUGAUGUUGAACCUUUAGAGAAGAUCACAGAUGCCUAUCUAGAUUAAUAUUUGUUUUAUGAAGCAGAUAAAAGAAGACUCUUCCCUAAUUGGAUCAAACCAAGUGAUAGUGAACCACCUCCUUUAUUAGUAUAUAAGUGGUGUUAAGGAAUUAACAAUCUUCACGGAAUAUGGGAUGUAUCGGAUGGUUAAUGCGUAGUGUUGUUGGAAAGCAAAUUUGAGAAGGUUUAUGAAAAGAUCGAUCAAACAUUAUUAAAUAGAUUGCUGAGAUUGAUUGUUGAUCACAACAUAGCAGAUUAUAUGACUGCCAAAAAUAAUGUUGUCAUCACUUACAAAGAUAUGAAUCAUACAAAUGUUCAUGGUGUUUUACAUGGAAUUCAAUUUACUAGUUUCAUAAUGUAAUUUUAUGGUAUGGUUUUGGAUUUAUUGAUUUUGGGUUUAAAUAGAGCCUAAGAUUUGGCUGGUCCAUAUAACAAUCCUCAUGAGUUCAUGACUUAUUCUAAUAUUUAAUAGGAAAUCAGACAUCCAAUUAGAUUAUAUUGUAGAUAUAUUGAUAAGAUAUUCAUGGUAUUCAGAUUUACAGCUGAGGAGGCAAGAGAAUUAAUACAAAGAUAUUUAACAGAGAAUCCAGAUCCUAAUAAUGAAAAUAUUGUUGGAUAUAAUAAUAAGAAAUGCUGGCCUAAAGAUUGUAGAAUGAGGUUAAUGAAACAUGAUGUAAAUUUAGGAAGGGCUGUCUUUUGGGAUAUCAAAAAUAGAUUGCCAAGAUGUUUAACAACAUUGGCUUGGGAACACUCUUUUGUUUCAGUUUACUCGAAGGACAAUCCCAAUUUCUUAUUUAAUAUGUGUGGAUUUGAGGUGAGAAUCUUACCUAAGAUAAGAGGAACUCAAGAAGAAUUCUCAGAAAAGGAUGGUGUUUGGAAAUUACAAAAUGAAUCAAGUAAGGAAAUAACUGCUGUUGCAUUUUUAAGAGUGGAUGAAGAGAGCAUGAAGAAAUAUGAAAACAGAAUUAGAUAAAUAUUGAUGGCCAGUGGUAGUACAACAUUUACAAAGAUAGCAAAUAAAUGGAAUACAACUUUGAUUGGAUUAAUGACAUAUUAUAGAGAAUCAGCUGUUCAUACAGAAUAAUUAUUAGAUCUGUUAGUCAAAUGCGAAAAUAAGAUAUAAACUAGAAUUAAGAUAGGAUUGAAUUCUAAGAUGCCCUCUCGUUUCCCACCUGUUGUGUUUUACACACCUAAAGAAUUGGGUGGUUUGGGUAUGUUAUCAAUGGGACAUAUUUUGAUUCCAUAAUCAGAUUUGAGAUUUUCAAAAUAAACUGAUACAGGCAUUACUCAUUACAGAGCAGGUAUGAGCCAUGAUGAGGAUUAAUUGAUUCCUAAUCUAUAUAGAUAUAUCUAAACUUGGGAAAGUGAAUUUAUAGACAGUCAAAGAGUUUGGGCUGAAUAUGCCUUAAAGCGAUAAGAAGCAUAAGUAUAAAACAGGAGAUUGACUUUGGAUGAUUUGGAAGAUAGUUGGGAUCAUGGUAUUCCCAGAAUCAAUACAUUGUUNGUUGAACCUUUAGAGAAGAUCACAGAUGCCUAUCUAGAUUAAUAUUUGUUUUAUGAAGCAGAUAAAAGAAGACUCUUCCCUAAUUGGAUCAAACCAAGUGAUAGUGAACCACCUCCUUUAUUAGUAUAUAAGUGGUGUUAAGGAAUUAACAAUCUUCACGGAAUAUGGGAUGUAUCGGAUGGUUAAUGCGUAGUGUUGUUGGAAAGCAAAUUUGAGAAGGUUUAUGAAAAGAUCGAUCAAACAUUAUUAAAUAGAUUGCUGAGAUUGAUUGUUGAUCACAACAUAGCAGAUUAUAUGACUGCCAAAAAUAAUGUUGUCAUCACUUACAAAGAUAUGAAUCAUACAAAUGUUCAUGGUGUUUUACAUGGAAUUCAAUUUACUAGUUUCAUAAUGUAAUUUUAUGGUAUGGUUUUGGAUUUAUUGAUUUUGGGUUUAAAUAGAGCCUAAGAUUUGGCUGGUCCAUAUAACAAUCCUCAUGAGUUCAUGACUUAUUCUAAUAUUUAAUAGGAAAUCAGACAUCCAAUUAGAUUAUAUUGUAGAUAUAUUGAUAAGAUAUUCAUGGUAUUCAGAUUUACAGCUGAGGAGGCAAGAGAAUUAAUACAAAGAUAUUUAACAGAGAAUCCAGAUCCUAAUAAUGAAAAUAUUGUUGGAUAUAAUAAUAAGAAAUGCUGGCCUAAAGAUUGUAGAAUGAGGUUAAUGAAACAUGAUGUAAAUUUAGGAAGGGCUGUCUUUUGGGAUAUCAAAAAUAGAUUGCCAAGAUGUUUAACAACAUUGGCUUGGGAACAUUCUUUUGUUUCAGUUUACUCGAAGGACAAUCCCAAUUUCUUAUUUAAUAUGUGUGGAUUUGAGGUGAGAAUCUUACCUAAGAUAAGAGGAACUCAAGAAGAAUUCUCAGAAAAGGAUGGUGUUUGGAAAUUACAAAAUGAAUCAAGUAAGGAAAUAACUGCUGUUGCAUUUUUAAGAGUGGAUGAAGAGAGCAUGAAGAAAUAUGAAAACAGAAUUAGAUAAAUAUUGAUGGCCAGUGGUAGUACAACAUUUACAAAGAUAGCAAAUAAAUGGAAUACAACUUUGAUUGGAUUAAUGACAUAUUAUAGAGAAUCAGCUGUUCAUACAGAAUAAUUAUUAGAUCUGUUAGUCAAAUGCGAAAAUAAGAUAUAAACUAGAAUUAAGAUAGGAUUGAAUUCUAAGAUGCCCUCUCGUUUCCCACCUGUUGUGUUUUACACACCUAAAGAAUUGGGUGGUUUGGGUAUGUUAUCAAUGGGACAUAUUUUGAUUCCAUAAUCAGAUUUGAGAUUUUCAAAAUAAACUGAUACAGGCAUUACUCAUUACAGAGCAGGUAUGAGCCAUGAUGAGGAUUAAUUGAUUCCUAAUCUAUAUAGAUAUAUCUAAACUUGGGAAAGUGAAUUUAUAGACAGUCAAAGAGUUUGGGCUGAAUAUGCCUUAAAGCGAUAAGAAGCAUAAGUAUAAAACAGGAGAUUGACUUUGGAUGAUUUGGAAGAUAGUUGGGAUCAUGGUAUUCCCAGAAUCAAUACAUUGUU